UCUGUUAGCUCCGCCUCCCGCGUACGUGCGGACGCAGCGUCCCUCCUCUCUCUUACUGCCGGCGCCAUCUUGAUUGCCUCGUGCUGGUGCGAAGCUGCUCAGUCAGACUCAUCAUGAAUCAAGAAAAACUAGCAAAGCUGCAAGCACAAGUCCGAAUAGGAGGCAAGGGUACAGCCCGCAGAAAGAAGAAGGUUGUACACAGAACAGCAACUGCUGAUGACAAAAAACUUCAGAGUUCUCUGAAGAAACUAGCAGUAAAUAAUAUUGCUGGCAUCGAGGAGGUGAACAUGAUAAAAGAUGAUGGCACAGUUAUCCAUUUCAACAAUCCCAAGGUCCAAGCUUCCCUCUCGGCAAACACGUUUGCAAUCACCGGCCACGCAGAAGUUAAACAGAUCACAGAAAUGCUCCCAGGGAUCCUGAGCCAGCUGGGCGCUGACAGUCUCACAAGUCUCCGCAAGUUAGCAGAACAGUUCCCCAGGCAGGUGUUGGAUAGUAAAGCGCCUAAACCAGAGGACAUAGAGGAGGAAGAUGAUGAUGUUCCUGAACUUGUAGAAAAUUUUGACGAAGCUUCCAAGAAUGAAGCAAAUUGAGAAGUGUAACCUGCUGAUCCUUGGAAAUUGACAUGGACUUGAUUUUGACAAAACGAAAAUCAGCUGUGCGGUUUCAAAGUUUUACAAGCAAAGAUCAUGUGUUAAUAGCUCCAUAAUAUAAAUAUUUUGUAUUUUAACGAUGCUACCGCAGCAUUUUUCUCGCUGAUUAUUUUGCGUUUUGCACUUCCCUGGGACUGGACCUUUUGGACAAAAUGGAUAAACAAAAUUUUAAUUUUACUGGCAACGUUUUUGUGUCUGCUCUAACAAUCAACUUGGAGAGCAGCAGGCUCCUAUAUAACAUCUGAUUUCUUGUCCCAUAUGUAGAAAUAAAACACUUCUUUAGAUUUUGUUAUAUUUAUUUUAAAUUGUGCUGGUGAAGUACUUUUUAAUUACAAGGCCUACAAAGGAAGGUUAUUGCCUAGAACUGUAUUUUUGGAGCAGCUAAAUUAAUGGGAAUUGAUGCGUAUUCUGUUGCCUUAUAACUGUUCAGAUGGCGUAUCCUGAUAAAAGUAAAAUUGGUCUUUUC